AUGCGGACAACUACUGCACUAGCCCUGCUCUUGGCAUUUUUGUGUCAUCUGAGUUCCGGUGUCAGCCAGGAGCACACCGUAGACAUCUUCGCUUGGCCUGUAUCCGCAGUCAAGUCACAGUCCCUAGCCAGAAUCUCCUACAACUCCACGGCGGCGACCAUCAAGAGCUACACCCCUCUGUCCGUAGCAGACAAUGACGACGUUGUAAGAGUCGGCUUCUAUCAUCCAUCAGGGUCAUGGUCCGGCAUUGCAACCUCUGCAUCGAACCUUGCUCCAGGGAGGGACAAGAAGCUUCAAUUACACCUCAACAGUGACGGUGAGGUGUACCACCUCGGUUUCAAGACCUUGGAGUAUGGCACGAGCAGCAAGACCUCGAACAAGAAGGAUGAUUUGAGCGUGGAAGUAAUGAAGAUCAAACCCGGGCCUACUCCGCACUUGAACAAGCCUGUGGUUUUGAACCCAGACGGCACCGUGGGUGACAAGGAACCAGAAAAAACCUUCUUGCAGAAGUACUGGUGGGCCAUUGCUGGCUUCCUAGUACUGCAGCUCGUUAUGAACGGAGCCAAACAGGAGUAA